CCGCAACCCAGGCCUGUGCCCUUGACUGGAAUUGAACCCAAACUCGUCAGUCCGCAGACCGGUGCUCUAUCCACUGAGCCGAACCAGCUAUGGCCGCCUUGUUUUUCCAUAUAGAUUCAGCCUUUGGUUCUAACCAGAGCGGGAAGAGAGGAAACGCCAUCAGGAAAGAAGGCCACUUUGAAAGCUCUUGCUGUGGAGUUUAGCACAUAAUAAUGUUGAGGGUUUGUUUUGUGUGUGUGUGUGUGUGUGUGUGUUUUGAGAAAAUCUAUUUUCCCAUCAGCCCACCAACCUAGGAUGAUGCCCCCAUUUCACAGACGUCUCAGAGGCACUCCUGGGCCCCAGCUUCCCCAGGAGCACCCCCCUCAAGCUUCUCCCAGAGAAGCAGCCACAGACCCUGCCCAGCUGUGGUCCCGGGAGUGUUUACUGUGCCGGCGGGACCGGGCGGGCGGGGGCGGACAAAGUCCGGGGGAUAUAAAGUCUGGCAGCAGCGUCCGGUCAGUCACAGCUCGGAGCACAGGAGCAGGGCUCUGCCCGGGCAGGCCCGCCCGCCGCGCUGCCCUGCGAUGCUGCUGCUGAUGCUGCUGGCGCUCCCCGGGCUGCCGAGCGGAGACACCCUCUCCCUCGCCCAGGAGCACCUCCAGGCCGGCCCGGGACCCUCACACGUGCAUGCCAGUCCGAACAGCUCCAGACUCCGGGAGCUGAGGAAACGCUAUGAAGAUUUGCUGACCAGGCUUCGAGCAAACCAGACCUGGGAGGCGAACCCGGGCCUCAUCCCUGCCUCUCACAUCCAGAUUCUCACCCCAAAGCUGAGACUUGGACCAGGCGGCCGCCUGCACCUGGGCAUCCCCAGGGCCAACCUGUCUAAGGGGCUCCCCGCAGCCUCCCGCCUGCAUCGGGCCCUGCUCAGGCUGUCCUCCCCAACGGAGUCGCGCACGUGGGAUGUGACGCGGCCGCUGCAGCGUCAGAUGGGCUUCGGCGUCUCCCGGGAGCCCGCCCUGCGUCUGAACUGGCUGCCGCCUGAUCGGUUGCGGGCGGAGGCAUCGACUGCGGCGGGGCUGCGGCUGGAGCUGCACUGGCGGCCACGCGCCGGCAGGGGGCGCCGCAGCACGCAUGCGCGCGCCCCGGACGGCUGCCCGCUCGGCGAGGGCCGCUGCUGCAGCCUGCGGAGCCUGCGCGCGUCGCUGGAGGACCUGGGCUGGGCCGACUGGGUCGUGGCGCCGCGCGAGCUGGAUGUGCGCAUGUGCGGCGGCGCGUGCCCGAGCCAGUUCCGGCCGGCCAGCAGGCAUGCGCAGAUGCUGGCGCGCCUGCACCGCCGGAAGCCCGAGGGCGUGCCCGCGCCCUGCUGCGUGCCCGCCAGCUACGAGCCGGUGGUGCUGCUGCACCGGGACAGCGAGGGCCGCGUGUCCCUCACGCCCUUCGACGACCUCGUGGCCAGCGACUGCCACUGCGUGUGAGCGGACCUGGACCUCCAUCCACGGCCCGUGCUCAGUGGGAGGCGACCUCAGUCCGGGCCUGUCGCAUGGAAUGGGCUAGUGGGACCCGAAAUAAUGCAAUGGCAAUCAUUGCUGUCUGCGGCCUGCCGCCAAAAAACAACGUUUUUAUGAGUUGAUAUUUAUUAUUAAUUUAUUGGGGUGACUGGCCUGAGGGCCAGAGAGCUGGGGAGGGCUGAUCCAGCAGGGUGUACAUUUAUUUAAACUGUGGUAAUAAAAGUGAAUCUGUCAGACCUGA